CAAUUAACAAAAACGUCAUAUUGACAGGUGAGAGAUAAACUAUUCGAAUCUGACUUUUAUCUUAUUCAGACGAAUUUUGAAUUUUAGUCAAAUAUUCGAACUACGAGUAAAGUUCCUCACCGGAGGCUUCCCAUUAAGGUGGUUGGAGCGUGUGGUUAACUGCGCGCCUUACGACAUCGGAAAAUUAAUCGAGGAGAGUGGGGUAUAUAAGACGAGCUUUUCAUGACCCACCGUUCUCACUACUGUGCAAAAUAUCGAGCGGAUAAAAUGUUCUACUGGCUUAUUCCUUAUUUCGGUUAUUAUAUAAACGAUACUUCAUUUUAUUAUAAACUGGCGUACAAUUUGACCGAGCCAGCGAAACUUUGGAAAAAUGGUCCGGUCCACACUUUUGAGGCUGAGAUAAAGACGAUUAUUGUGAGGGAGACGAUAGAAAAAUAUCAUUCCGAUAUAACGAUGCUCUUCGAAUGUAGACCGAUCGCGACGAGUUUUAUCAAGUGUCAAGUGGAGAAUGCGACCCUCGAUAAUUACGAGAUGAUUGAUAACAACGAGACUCGUGCAGAAAGGGAAAAAUCCGUGUGGCGCGAUGAAUUCGGGUCUUUUGAUUUUCACAUCGAAUUCGAUAAAACUGGCAUUAAAAAUAUAACGUUCUCCGAGCCUCGGGGAUACUUCCGCGAAAUGAUAAUCCGCUGGAUAUUUAUUAAUUUGAACGUUGGUAUCGAUUUGACGGACAAGAAUUUCGGUCAGUACGAUGCUGUCGAUCGAUCGCUGUACGGCGACUGUCCAACAAACUUCAAUAUUAAAAAACUUGCCAAACGAGUUGAGGAUAAGGAAUUUUUGGUGAAGAGAGACGACGCCGUUAGAGAAUUGACGAUUGUUCCCUUUUUGGAUGAAUUUUCGGACGACUCGACGAUCCUCAUUGAAAAAGAUAGAAAAAUGAUGAAGUGCUUGAAUAAAAAAUCUUACAUGUUUGGAAGUGACGAGCUGACCGCAAAAGAUCGGAAAGAGGGCUUCACGCGAGAAUCUAAUAUCGCUGACCUACGAAGCGAAAUUUACGUGGGCAGAAAUCGGUUUAACAGCUACAGCGAACACUCGGGAACCUUCAGAGCUGGAAUUAAAUCGGAAAAUACGAAAAACGUUAAUAGCGGAAUUGUAGUGGGGAAGGCAAGUGAAAAAAUAAGGCUGACCCUCCUCUCGAUUCGUCCAGAUUAAAAAUCAGAGCUUUAUUAGAGGCGAAUGGCUCCGUAGUAUAAAUAACUUUCGUUGUUACACUUUAAUGACAAUAAAUCUAUAUUUGUUUAUAGUAA